CAGUUAGCGUUGAACAUUGCGGUAGUAUUUAGUCCAAGCAACGCACAGUCCUUGUGAUCUUGCUUGCCAAUGCCCAGUUAAUUAGUUUCAGAAGGACGCAUUUCGUUUUGAUAAGUGCUGCGAUCUGCAAGCCACAGUCGGCACCGUGAUGAAUUCUUCGUUGAAGCAAGCAGCCACUCUUACGUGGUCGCAGGUCAGGCGAGUUUCAACGACGGCGCCAUGCCUCGGGAAGAGAAACUUUCGCAAGUUCCCCGUGCACAACAUUCGGGGGACGUUUCACGAUCGCAGGCGCAAGGAUCGUGUGAUUGAGACGUACGGACUGCGUGAACCAUCUGUGUCACACCGUGGACCCCCAAUACCCGAGAUGGUUCCCGAGCUGAUAGUGCCCGAUCUCACCGACUGCAAGUUGCAGCCAUACGUCUCAUACCGUGCUCCUGAGGUAUGCCAAGGGCCAUUCACAGCGCGAGAUCUGUUUGAUGCUGUCUACUCGGAAGCCGUUGCCAAGGACUUUCAGGAGGGACAAGCAGAUAAGAGCAUCAGGCACCUGGAGGCACAACCAAGCCCCGACGAGGCACGCCUGCGGGCCCGCCAAACCGGUAGCGACAUUUUCCCACCAUUGUGGCGCGCCCGCAAUAUGGAAGACCAGUAGGCAAAAUACGUUUGCAGAUGUAGAUAUGAUAAUAAAUGCUCUAUUUCCAAGUUCACAA